AUGCGAACUACUUGUAAAAGGUGGUACAAUUUAUCCAAAGAUCGGAGGUUUGCCAAGAAGCACAUUGCUCAAGCUACUACAAAGGAAAGUGACUUUGUGGCGAUCAUGUUACUAAACUGUAGGGUUUAUUUAACAAACGUCAAUCUCAAUGGAAUUCUCAACAAUUCUGAUCCACUAUUAAAGCCUAGAGGUAAAAUUAUUAGCCUCUAUGGUUCAGAUGAAGUCGGUUAUACAUUUCGAGUUUUUCACUGCGAGGGUUUAUUGCUAUGUAACACAAAAGAUUACACUAAACUCGUUGUCUGGAAUCCGUAUUUCGGACAAACGCGGUGGAUUUAUGUCGAACCAAGAUGUGCUGAUCACGAGAAGAUAUGGUAUGAAAAUGCUCUCGGAUACGACAAGAGAAAACCAACCCGUGCCUAUAAAAUCUUGCGGUUUGCUCAUUUUCUUUUGGAGGAACCUGAAAUUUAUGAAUUCAACACAAAUUUGUGGAGGGUUCUUGAUGUCACUCCAGACUGGCGUAUAUUGUAUAAUCACCAUGGCGUGUCAUUGAAAGGAAACACCUACUGGUUUGCUUCAGAUAAAGAUUCAUCGGACAACGUCCCCGAUUUCUUACUCGAAGAGCAACUUGCUGUGUUACAUCAGGAAUGGCACGGCGACCUUGCGACACAUAUUUGGAUUACGACUAAAAUUGAGCCUAACACGGUGUCAUGGAGUAAGUUCUUAGAGGUUAAUAUGCAACCACGCACUGGUUUUUUUGUUUGA